UGUUUUCAAUCGUCGUUGACAGGAAUUACAUCACAGCCCUUUUUCUCGGAGGAGCUACGUGUCAUGCUCUGUUUUUAACUGUAAAAACAAACACUGUGGCUACUUUGAACCAGUGAUAGAUGACAGGAAUGGAGGAAUAUCAUAACGGAAACGAGGGCUCCUUCAGCUCUGAAGAAGCUGAUGCCAUUGUCAAAGAGUGCAUCGAGAGUGUCAUAGGCGGUGACGACUACAAUCAGAAUCAGGUGAACAAAUGGACGGCCACCAUCGUGGAGCGCUGCCUCACACAGCUGGUCAGACAGGGGAAGCCUUACAAGUACAUCGUGACGUGUGCUGUGAUGCAGAAAACGGGAGCCGGCCUCCACUCAGCCAACUCCUGCUACUGGGACACUGCCAUGGACGGAAGCUGCACCGUGAGAUGGGAAAACCGCACCAUGUACUUUGUGGUCAGUGUGUUUGCGGUGGCUAUUGCAUAGGAAACACACACGCACAUAAAUGUACAUACAGUCCACCACUACCAGAAGAAGAGGAGGAGUGCAGUGAGUUCCUGUGAACAGCAGGGGGCCACCAAGUGCCACAAAGUCCACUUCCACACAGCUGCUGGGAAUGGUAAAUGGUCUUAUACUUGUAUAGCACCUUUCUAUGCUUUUACAGCACACUCAAAACGCUUUCACACAUUA